AUUAUAAGAGAAUAGGAUUUAGGAAAAAAAGCCCAAGAAAACACCAAUAUAUAAAAUUCUGUUAUGGAAGACACCAAUCACAGUUAUUGAGAAUGAAGAGCUAAGAAACAGGAUGAUUGCACAGAAGGGAUCAGAAUGUUUCAGAAGGUAUGGAAGAGUCAAUAUUAUUAAAUGCUAAUUAACUAGAAAAAAAUUUGAGCCAGAAAAUGAUUAGGUUAAGUGAUUUGUUAUAUUUGUGGUUAUAGAGUGUUGUGGAUAACAAGGAUGAAAUCAAUCAUUGCAGAACAACUUACAGACCAUGUAUCUUAGAAAUAUUUUCAUUUUUAUUCAGUUUUUUAAUGGACACCAUUAUUUCCUCCUAAAGGACACAGACCAUGACAAGAAGAAAUCAAACUAUUGUCUCAGUCUUCCUCCUUCUGGGCCUGCCAAUUGAGCCAGAGCAACAAAAUCCGUUUUAUGUCCUGUUCCUGGCCAUGUAUCUUAUCACCGUACUGGGGAAUCUCCUCAUAAUUUUCCUGAUUUGCCUGGACUCCCACCUGCACACACCCAUGUAUUUUUUUCUCAGCAAUUUGUCUUUCUCUGAUAUCUGCUUCUCUUCUGUGACCAUUCCGAAAUUGUUGCAAACCAUGCAGAGCCAAGACUCAUCCAUCCCCUAUGCCGGCUGCCUGACCCAAAUGUACUUCUUUCUGUUUUUUGCAGACCUGGAGAGUUUCCUCCUAGUGGCCAUGGCCUAUGACCGCUAUGUGGCCAUCUGCUUCCCCCUCCACUACACCAUUAUCAUGAGCUCCAAGCUCUGUCUCUCCCUGGGUGUGCUGUCCUGGGUGCUGACCAUGUUCCAUGCUAUGUUACACACUCUCCUCAUGGCCAGAUUGUGUUUCUGUGCCGACAACAUAAUCCCCCACUUUUUCUGUGACAUGUCUGCUCUGCUGAAGCUGGCCUGCUCUGACACUCGAGUCAAUGAGUUGGUGAUAUUUAUCAUGGGAGGGCUCAUUCUCGUCAUCCCAUUCCUACUCAUUGUCAUGUCUUAUGCACGGAUCGUGUCCUCCAUCCUCAGGGUCCCUUCUGCCAGGGGCAUCCGCAAGGCCUUCUCCACCUGUGGCUCCCACCUCUCCGUGCUGUCUCUUUUCUAUGGGACAGUUAUCGGUCUCUACUUGUGCCCUUCAGCUAACAAUUCUGCUGUUAAGGAGACUGUCAUGGCCGUGAUGUACACUGUGGUCACCCCCAUGCUGAAUCCCUUCAUCUACAGCCUGAGGAACAGAGACAUGAUGGGAGCUCUGGGAAGACUCCUUUUCAAAAAGAAAAUUUCCUUCUCUGUAUAAUGGUAAAGCUGAGGAUUUUUACAUAAUUUUAUCAAGUAGAUACACUGAUGUUAGUAUGGGAAUAUUGACCCAGGCUUCUUUUUUUUCUCCCACCAUGAAUUUUUCUAUUAAAAAGACCUACUAAAUAAUUGUUCAGUACCUAAUACAAAUGAAGUGGGGUUAUGUGGUUGCACUCAGAAAGGGGAUCCCAAUGACCUGGUAGCAGGUUCUUUCUAUUUGCUCUUCCCAGGUGACCCUGAAGAAACAUUAUUUUUAAACUUUUAAUUGAGCUUUCUGUUUCCAGUUGUGAAACAACUAAUAUGUUAUGUGUUUUGUUUGUUUGUUUUUUAACUAAAACUCUGCUUUAAGUAAUACCCUGCUCUCCCAGGUCAAUACUGACUAAAACUCAAGCCUCUCACUCCUCUGCUUACUUUCACUAAACUGGACUUUCAUUGUCGAACGCAGAUUUUUACGUACUUCUUCCUGAACAAGUGUUCGCGUUAUUUUGUCUCCUCUUCUCCUUUGAUUUAUUUUCAUGUCUACAUUGUCUUUUUGACCUGAUCUGAACCUAAGAUGAACUUUCUAUCUCAUUUGCUACAAUAGUUUGUUUUUGCCUGGGAGCUAACCCAUACCUGGAGCUCUAUAAGUUACUCACACAGGUAUGGGAAAGCCAGAGCCUGGUUAAAGCCUUACUGUUUAAGGCUGUCUUCCUCCUACUUAGUAUUUUGAAUUUUUUCAACAAAUUUUACAUCCAUGAACUUAUGCUACUCUUAUGAUUACACCACAAAGGAAUCUUAUUACCAUCUUAAAGAUUGAAAAUGUGGAAUUUGAUAACUUGCCAAAGUCCCAGAAUUGGUCAAUAUUGAGGCUAAGAUCUCAGGCUAUCUAAUUUUAGAGUUUCUUCUUAUUUCCCCCACCUCAGAAAUAAGGGAAAAGCCAUUGAUUUUUCAGUCAGCCCCAUGUAUAGCAUUGUCUAGAAUUCUAACUUUGGACUGUUCAUUUCCUGUUAUCUCUGAUAGCAUCUAAAUCCAUUAUUUUAAUCUUCUCAAAAAUACUGCCUACCUCCACAUAUCUAUCUGAAGUCUAAAUCUUUUACAAGUUCUCAAUUUUUAUUUUCAUCUUCACAGUAGACCUCUCCCCUUGAUGCUCUAUGAGCACUUCAAUCUUAACCUACAAAAAAUUGAAUUUUUAUAUUUCCCCCCAAACUUCCACUUUGCUUAAACUCCAUUUGUUUUUAGCUUUACAGAAGUAUAAUUGAUAAAAAUUGCACACAUUUAACGUAGACAUCUUGAUGAAUUUAGACUUAUGCAUACACCCAUGAUACUAUCACCACAACCAAGAUAUUAAAUAUAUCCAUAAUAUCCAAGAAUUUCCAUGUGUUCUUUUGCGUUUUUUUCUUUUUUGAUAAGAAUACUUUACAUGGAAUCUAUCCUCAGAGUGCACAAUGCCAUAUUAUUAACUGUAGGUAUUAUAUUGUACAGCAGAUCUUUAGAACUUAGUCAUCUUAUGUAACAGAAAGUUAUACCCAUUGAAAAACCAAUUCUGCAUUUCUUCGUCCCUCUGCCCCCAACAAACACUAUUCAAUUCUCCUUGUAUGUGGUUAUGACCAUUUUAGACACCUCUUAUCCAGAAUAAAAUCAUGCAGUAUUUGUCCUUCUGU